AUGUCUAAUGAAUUCAAUCCAAAAGACACUUUAACCGUCAAAAUAUUAGUAGUUGGUCCAGAAAAAGUAGGUAAGACUUCACUAAUAAACAAGUAUUGUAAAAAUUAUGGUAAAGAAAAAAAUGUUAAUACCAAAAUUGUGUUUUUUAAAAACAGAAAGUUGCUACUGUCAAUAAUUGACAUUACACAA